GCACUAGUGGUAGGGCAAAUUCGCAGUGGCGCCAUAGCCGCGAUUUCUCGGGGGCGAUGGAAAUCGCGGAGGAUGUCGUCAAGAACAUGUCUGUGGGCGCGGUCUUCAAGGAUUGUGGGGGGAAGAUCAGCUCCUUGGAUUUUCAUCGCACGGAGGAUCUCAUGGUGACUGCCGCGGAGGACGCGUCCAUUCGGCUCUAUGAUACUGCCAGUGCGACGCCCAUGAAGACUCUCUACAGUGCAAGAUAUGGCGUGGAUCACAUAUGUUUCACGCAUCACACCAAUGCUGUGAUUUUUUCCUCCAGCAAUGGAAGUGAUGAGUCCUUGCGGUAUCUAUCGUUGUAUGAUAAUAGAUUUCUACGAUAUUUCAGAGGACACACUCAAAGGGUUGUAUCACUAUGUAUGUCUCCAAAGAACGAUUCUUUCAUGUCUGGGUCAUUGGAUCACACUGUCCGGUUGUGGGAUCUUCGCAGCAAUGUUUGCCAAGGUCUUCUUAGAGUCCGGGGAAGACCGUCUGUGGCGUAUGAUCAACAAGGCCUGGUAUUUGCUGUUGCCAUGGAAGGCGGAGCAAUCAAGCUGUUUGACGUAAGGUCUUUCGACAAGGGACCUUUUGACACUUUUCUCGUGGGUGGUGAUACCGCGGAAGUCGCUGGCAUGAAGUUUAGCAACGAUGGCAAAAUGAUGCUUCUCUCCACAACAAACAGCCGGGUGUAUUUGCUUGAUGCCUACUCUGGAAAGAAGAUGCAUGGAUUCACGCUCAAGCCCAGUCGAAACGGAGAAACGUUGGAAGCAUCGUUCAGUCCAGACGGUCGCUAUGUUAUCUCAGGCUCCGGGGAUGGAAGUUUGAGAAUAUGGAGCUCCUUAAGCGGUGCAGAGGUAGCGUGCUGGACGAACAACGCUGGAAUUCCUGCCGUGGUGAAAUGGGCUCCGCGAAGGCUCAUGUUUGCGACUGCCUCAUAUGUUUUAGCGUUUUGGAUACCCGACGUGUCCAAAUUGUGAAAGGAUGUUGGUCAGGCAUGUUAAUCAAAGAGAGGUUGUAGUCUUAUUAGUCGUAGACAGGAAAGGUGGUGAAGAACGUAACCGGAAGAAAGUAUCCAGUUUGUCAAGAGUACCCAAGCAUGUAGUAAAGCACGACGAAUAUGGUUUGUAGAAUGCU